AGAGCGCUCCGCAAGCAGUUCUGUUCUCCGUACUCGACCGGAGCUGCUCUCGGCAGUAAACAGCUGGCGACGCGAUGCGUCAGAGCAAAAUGUCGAACGGGACUGCGCCAAGCUAGUUGCCCCUCUACUUCUCUUUGGCACGGUGCAAGAGCUUGAAAAAAAAGUGAACACUCAACGGGCAAGCGUUCGGCGCAUUCGCGGUAUAAAUUCGGCAACGAAGUACACAAGUGUCAGCAACGGUACCUGAAACUCGGGUCCACCGGAAAAUAAAGGCGCAAACGAGAAAAACCCGCGGACGAAAGUGGGGUUUCUUUGUUCCUGUGCUACGGUUCUCUGCGCAUAGGUUCCCGUGCGUGUGGCGCAGCGUUGUUUGUUGUGGUCGGUACGUCACUCUCGGCGUACACACGACUCGGUUGCGAUAUUAAACCAAGAUUCUGGCGUCCUGGAUGAUCCCGAGCCAUUUCGUGCACGGGAUAUAUCGUCCACCGUGUCUUUUUCCGUCUCGGAUCCUCGCCAGGCAACGCACCGACCAGGAGAAAGGAUCGCUGGCCUUUCGUGUACGCGCGAGUGCUUUGUUUUGACGAGCAGCUGAUCCGGGACUAACUCGUUUAUCGCGUCGACGAGUUCUCCAUCGUUGCAACGGUGGCUCGUUUCGAAACAGUUUGAUUGUGUUUCGCGUACACGACGUUGCUGGUCGCGGGGCUGUCUCGCGAACUGUGUUUAAAGGGAUCGCCGAGCCGUGGCAAGCGGAGGCUUACAUCACGGAAAAACGGAGGACGCGAUCGACCGAUGCUUUCGGAGCAACAGUGCAACCUAUACCGUGAACCUCGAUGACAGGACCAACGACGUUGUCAAGAAUCGUUACUCCGUAGUUUAUUAAGCAGACAUCUUCGCGGCGAGUGAUUAUUUUCGGUUUCCAAGGGGCUCUACGCUCCCUCGUUCGUUUUUCGUCACCGACUUCCGGCUCGGACCAAAAAUUCUUCAGUGCCGUCCUGUGAAUAACGAUCGCGCGGAUCGUGCCUCGCUCGAGCUAUAGUUUACCAACUCGAGCUCGUCAAAAAGGCUGUACCAAUUACUACUAAUCUCACCUUACGAGUAUUCCCUGUUCCGAAACCUGUGCGAUUUAUUUCUUUGGUUAUCGAUGAUCUCGUAAUACGUUGCUCUUUUUCGAGCGAUUUACAUAUUUUCUUUUUUUUUCCACUUGAAUCUCAACGAAUCGUUCUCGUUGAAACACGGAAUUGUUUUCAUUUGAACUGACAUUGUGCGCGUACGUACGUGUAUAAAUAGCGUGCGGAAAUACAUAGACGGAGGAGAUCUUUCGCGUCGUUUCUCGUCAGAGCUUUGCUUCCCGUUCUCGUCUUGGCUCGUUUUAUCCGCGAUUCGCGCGCGAUCGCACGAUCGCACAAUUCGUGCGAUACUUCCCGAAGGAGGGCUGCACCGGGAGGUCUCGAACUCUGCGAGAGUUUCGGUGAAUCGACGAGGACGAACGGAUUGGUGGCCGUGAUCGAUGUGGCAUAAACCCGAGGGGGCCGUACUCGCGAGCGGUGGGAAACGUGGGGUACGGCCCCGAUCGAGCUGACUACAGGAGUUGACCCGAGGUGACAGAGGUCUUCUUCUUCGGACGUCGACAGCAAGAUAAGCAUCGCCUGGAUGCCAGUUGAGUCCUUAGGGCGGGUUGGCCGUUUCACCCUUUUCGGACUGGAAGGAGCUUGACCGGCCCGAAGAUGUUGUACAUAUUCCACGUGGACACCGGCACCACCAUCACCUUCGACAUCAAACUGGCCCUGCAGACUGUCUCCCACCUGAAGGAAGCGAUCGAGCGAGAAUGCGGCGUGCACUCUGCGCACCAGGUGCUCCUGAUGAGCGGAGGCGAGAGCCUGGAACUGAACGCCCGUGUGUGCUCCUACUCGGCCGGAACCGACACGAAUCCGAUCUAUUUGUUCAGCAAGGCAGCCAUCGAGAGCCACCUACCACCCGCGCCGAGCAUAGAUUAUGGUUCCGAUGUCGAUCUUCAGAGUCAAAUCGACGCGUCGCUGGCGAUGCCAGCCACUUACCAGACCCUCGUUGCCCGAGCUCAAUUGGCUCAACAGUGCUGCGGAUUGGCACGGGAGCAAACUAGGAUCUGCGAGAGGCUGGUGCACGAUCAACACCUUCAGCAACAAGGCUGGGCCGCCGUGGUGGCGAACCUGGAGGACAUCACGCAGAUGUUCCAGUCGCGGGCAGAUCUUCUGCAACAGAGCUUCGCUGUCUACCUUUCGGAGAGACAGCAGCACAUGGAGCUACUUGAAAACUUCAACGCUGAUCUGGGGACACUCGCGAAGAUUCCAAUUCUGCCAGCGUUACGAGCUCAAGCGGAGGGCCUCUUGAGCCCUGACGACCAACCGAGCCAAUCCGAGAAGGAUUCGGACGGUAGGGACGAAGUUUUGAGCUUGCUUCGAUGGAUUUCAGCAAAGGACAAUCAGAGCAGCUUGGAGCAAGUAGCGGAACAGUGUUCACGGGGCUUGGAGCAGUUCGACGAGAAGGUGAUGGAGGCACUGAAAGUCGAGGUGAACGCGGCCAUAGACAACGCGAACAAGCAGGACAUGAAGGAGAUAAAGGGCUUGGGUGAGAGACUGUUCGCGCUGGAGCAACUGAUGGCGCAGACCAAGAAGCUCGUACUCGAGCAGGGAGAGUUGGCCCAGGGUUUCCAUCAGAAUCAGAGUCGAGCCAACAACUUGGGCGACGCUAGCGUGCUACCCGACCUCUGUACCUCGCACAGACGCCAGCUACUCGUGAUGCUGCAGAAUCACAAUCAGCUGCGCGACAUACGUCGUAGGUGUACCAAAGCGAAGGAGGAGCUCUCUGUGAACAUCUAUCAUCGGCUGAAGUGGAUAAUGUACGUGGAGAACAAGAUGAUGGAGGUGGACGGAAAACUCGUCAUGUAUCACGAGAGCCUGAAGCGUCUGAGGAGACACCUCGAGGUGCUCCAACAGAUCCAUCUGGCGCCACAGAUGUACAUGAACGCGGUAGCCGAAGUCGUUCGAAGGCGAACCUUCUCCCAGGCUUUCCUCGUAUGGGCCAGCAACCUCGCCUGCCAACUCCUCACCGUUCACAGCGAGGAACUGGCCCGUCGAAGGGAGUUUCAGAGCAAAUUCGACGGUCACUUCCUGAACACCCUGUUCCCGGGCCUCGAGGACACGCCGCCACCUUUCGCAACCCAAGCACCGUCCGUUUUCGACAAUGGAUUGCCAAAGUUAACGGAGGACGAUAUGGAGUCUCUGAAAUCGCAGCUACCCGAUCUGGCACUGACCGUCUCCUCGCCAGAUUUGAACAGCAUCACGCAGUUUUUCUUGUCGAAGAGUCUGACCGAGGCCAGCACCGAUGGAAACAAGGAGAAAGACAGUACUUCCAUGCGCGUCGACGUAGCUGCCAAGGAACAGGGACGAACAAGAGGUCCAAUGUUGUCCGACAGGGGUGGUUUCGAGUCGGAGACGGACACAGAGGAAUUCGAGAAGAUCGGGCAGGGCGCCACGGACUCUAAACCAGAGUCCUUCGACGGCGUGAAAGAAAUGCGUCUGAAGCAAUUGGAGGUUGGUGCCUCGCGAAGCGUGUCCCCUGCUUCCUCGACCUCAACUAACGUAUCCUCGCUAAAUUCGAAAGUCGCGGACCUGACGAACCGAUCAUCCUCCUCGAGCGAGCCUGGAUCCUUCCAUUUUCCUAGUCUGACCAUCAGCGAGCGUCCCGCUCAGCUGAGUCCGCUCACCGAGUGCGCUGAAAACGGCGAGUCGAGCUGUCCGAUUCAUCGCGCCACGAACGGUCUUCCCAACUAUCGCGACUUGCCAUCCUCGACGAUGGCCGAGGAGCCGAACUCCCUAAGUCCAAAUCCUUCUUCCUUGACACGGCCCGUGAUGUGCGACGGCCAGCAGCAUCAGCGUCACCAGCUGUCCGGGAGUGGCGGUAGCAGUCCUUCCGUUGGAGUAUGCCCUACCGACUUCGUGGGUACCGAGUAUUACAUGGACGAAUCUCUGCCGAGCAGUCUCAGCGAGCCUCCAGUCGACGGCCAGCACCAGGCUAUCAUUUCCCUUCUCCAGGAGAAUCUUGGCAACACGCGCGAGGAGGUCGAGGGGCUUCGUUCCAUCCUGAAGACGAUGAAAGCUUUGGUGUGCGAGGCGUUGACCUCGGUUCGUCAAGAAUUGGCUGUUAUGAGGGAUCGAUCCACCGAGGACAAGAACGGUCUAUCGGAGAUGACGGAGCGCGUUCGCGAGGCCUUGUCUUUGUACUCGCGCGAGUGCGAUCGUCGUCUUCGCGAACGCGAGCAGGAGCUCACCGUAGACCACGAGCUCGAGAUGUCGGACGUGAAGAAGCUGAUCCAGAGUCGGGAGGAUGAAAUCUGCACGCUGAAACGCAACCUCCUGGACAAGGAAACCGAGCUGGCGGAGCACGAACGUCUAGUCUCCACCAUGCGUCAGAAAUUGGAGACGGAGCAAACCGAGAUGAGAAAUCUUCAGACGCGUUUGCAUCGACAGCUCGAGGAGGCGCUGGAGGAAGCUCGCGGCGAGAAGGAGGCCGCCGUGAAGAAGGCGAACGACGAGAGAUUCGUGGAGAUCGCGUCGUUGACCAACUCCGUGACGCGGUGCCAGAAACGGAUUCAAGAGCUCGAGGACAACUUGAACGCGGCUCGCAGCGAUCAGGAGAGGAUGGUGAAAGACGCUACCGACAAGCUGCAGAUGGAGUAUAAGACCGAGUUGGAUACCAUCAGAAGUCGAUUCAAGCUGAUGACUGCGUCCACCAUGGAGACGAGCUCUAGCGAUUCCAGGCAUGAGAAAAUCGAAAGACCAGACGUCAUCGAACUGACCAGCCACUUGUUGGCCCAGGCGAAGGAGGACUAUGAAAAAGGAAGAGCGGAUUGCGUUGUGAAAUUGGAUCACGAGUUACGAUUAGCGAGGCAAGUGGUCGUGGAGAAGGAUCGCGAAGUGGAGAUGUACAAACUGAGAGAGGUCGCGCUCACCGAAGAGUGUCAACGUUACAAGAGCAUGAUCAGGCGGUUGACAGGGUUCGAGAACGUCAAGAACAUCCUGACCGAAUCCGGAUUCUGUCAGGAGUCCAGCGACGAGGGAUUAGAGAUGAGCGAGGGCAGCCAGGACGAAGGAUUAAAAAGUCUGGAAGCAAAGAAGGACGAGGUGGAGGUGUCGGAGUCGAAGAAAGUGCGAUUGGAAGCGAGCGACGAUCCGAGUUGUCUGUCUAGGAAAAUCGAAAUCCUCGAGAACGACAACAAGAGACUAAACUCCGAGUUGCAGUCGCUUAAAGAGGGCAAGAAGUCGGCAGACGCGAAGAUAGAGGUUCUGAAAGCGGACAAUAGGCAUUUGGAGAUCGAGCUGUACAGGGAACGAUCCAGGAAGAGUUUCGCCACUCCCGAGUCAUCGUCUUCGUUGGGUAGUCGCGAGAAGGAAAUGAAUGCCUCUGUUGCUGUGGUUGCCGAGUCAGGAUCAAGUCGAGACGCUGCGACUAGUCCGGAACCGAAUCGUCGUUGCGACUGCAAAACGUGCUUCUACUCCACGCACGGCCAGAAGAAGAUGAAGAAGCUCGCGUCGAAGCUGGUGGCGCAGGGUCGCAUCACCGUGACCAGUUGCAAUCCAGGGGACAUCGUGCUCGUGUUCUGGGAUCCGACACACGGGAACUAUACCCUGUACCAGGAGUCGCCGACUUUCUAUUUCCUUACCUCGGACUGCUUCGCUGAAUUGGAUCUGGGUUUGAAUCCUGAUGGAACACCGAAAAGCAUUCAAACCAUUGCAGAGGUGGUUGACAAGGAGUACUGUCUUGCUAAAAGGACGGAGAACCGGUACAACGUGCCGCGCGGUAUCAAGUUCUUUCAAGUGCGUGUAAAACCAGUGAGCGAGAGCACAAAUCUAUUAGCAAGAAAUCAGCAACAACAGCAGCAGCAACCGCAGCAGCAACAACAACAGCAGCAGCAACCGCAGCAGCAGCAACAACAGCAGCAGCAGCAGCAACCACAACAACAGCAGCAUGAACAGCAGCAGCAGCAGCAGCAUGAACAGCAGCAGCAGCAGCAACAACAACAACAACAACAACAACAACAUCCUCAACAACAACAAUAGUAAUCAUGUGCCCCGGUGGAAGGUGACCCCCAAGAUUCUUGCCUGGUUAGAAGCCCUGUAACCCUCGGAUCCACGUCUAAUGAACAAACCGUGCUUCGUCUUUCAUUCCCGGACGGUUCGUUUGAGUGACGUGGAUCCCCCGCUUAACAACGUCGUCGCGACCAUCCGUAAAUCCUCGGAUCAAGGCCAAAACCUGCCAGAGCCUGUAGACGCAUCUUUAAUGUCGGUGAGCAGGAGAACGAAGACCCAAGGAAUGAGGUAAAAUGCCGCGUCCAGGAUAUGAGCGACACGAAACAAGCGAUCAGACGAUCAGAAGGAUGCGCUGGCGUUUCAUUGUGAUAUAAGUAAUUUUUAACAAAAAAAAAGAAAAAGAAAAAAAGAAAAAAAAACGAGUGAAACAUAAUUGCCGAAUGCUGUGGUUAGCUGUGACGUGUAACGACAUUUGUAUUUCUUCUCAAUUUUUGUUUGUUUGUUUCACAUGAAAGCAUGUGAGAGUGCGUGAGAAAGAGAGAAAGUGAAAAAGAGAGAAAGAGUGGCAGUGACAGAAACCCGCGAACAUUAUUAUUAACGUCAUCGUACGUUUUUUCUUCGUGUAAUUCGAUAGGCU